AUGGAGCAUCAGGAUGAUAACGGCUCGACGCAGACUGACAACGUGGAAGGCCGCGGAGUCGCCGAAGAUAACGAUAGUUUUGAUCUCGACGACCUUUUGCCGAUCGUUGGCGAGUUCGGUCGUUACCAAAAGCAGCUGCUCUGGCUAGUUUGUCUGCCGGCGUGCCUGCCUUGCGGCUUCUGCGCCUUCAAUCAGCUGUUCAUGGCAGACAUUCCGUCGCAUUGGUGCAAGGUGCCGGGUUUGGAGAACUUGGACGCCGCUCGCAGAAGGCGGCUCGCUAUUCCUGCGAUUCAGGACGACAACGAGACGUACAGCCAAUGCACGCGAUACGACAUCGACUGGACUAUGGAGAACAGCACCGUCGUGACGGCGUACUCGUUCGCACCCAACGCCUCAUGGUCUAUCGUGCCCUGCGACCAUGGCUGGGAAUACGAGACCUCCGAGGUCAUGUCGUCCAUCGUCAUCGACUUUGAUCUUGUGUGCGGUCGAGCGAUUUAUCCGACGAUCGGAUUGGUGGCUCUUAAUACGGGAGGUCCUAUAGGCGUGUAUUUAUUCGGUACACUAAAUGACAGAAUUGGACGAAGGUUAUCCUUCUUUACGUGUUUGGCGACCUUAAUAACUGGGGGAUUUUUAACAUCGAUAUCAAAUAACUUUUGGACUUGGGCUAUUACGCGUGUCAUCGUAGGCCUGACAAUACCGGCGAUUUACCAAAUACCAUUUAUUAUCUCUUUAGAACUUGUCGGACCAAAUUAUCGUUCAUUCGUGACGGUCAUGACUUGUACUUUCUACACUAUGGGCCUCUGCAUGCUAGCAGCUGUUACUUAUUUGAUACGCGAUUGGCGAACACUCGCUGUAACUACGAGCGCGCCUUUCCUGAUUUACUUUUUUUACUGGUGGUUCUUACCGGAAUCACCGCGAUGGUUGCUAGCGAAAGGUCGCCUAAGUGAAGCUAACGACAUUCUUGAGACUUUGGCCCGAGUGAAUGGCAAGGAACUUCCGGUGUCAUUUACACAAAAACUCCGUCAGCGCAUGACGAUGUCGAGGUCGAAAAGCGAGGAGGAGAGAUUACGAGCUGGUCCCGGCGUCCUCUCGCUAUUUAGAACGCCGAACAUGCGCCUCAAGACGUGUCUUAUUACCUUAAAUUGGUUUGCCAACAACAUGGUGUACGUCGGUCUUUCCUAUUACGGGCCGGCCCUGGGGAAUGAGGAACAUCUGAGUUUCCUGUUCUCUUCCCUUGCCGAGAUUCCCAGUUACAUGGCAUGUUGGGUUGUAAUGGAUCGAUGGGGCCGCCGGUGGCCGCUUUGUUUGUGCAUGGUGGUAGCUGGAGUGUCAUGCAUUGCCACGGUGCUGCUUUCGUCCGAUGCCGUGCUGGAGACGCUGAUACUGUUUCUCGUGUCGAAGUCGGCGAUAUCGGCGUCUUUCUUAAUUAUUUAUCCUUUUGCUGGGGAACUUUAUCCCACUCAAUUGCGCGGAGUUGCGAUUGGCUUCUCUGCAUACAUCAGCGGCCUCGGACUCAUCAUUAUACCCUUCGUGACAUACCUCGGAAAAGAGAAUCUUGUCUUGCCUCUAGUUAUCUUAGGCGCGAUCUCAGUAAUUGGGGGCUUGUCUGGACUGCGGUUACCAGAAACAUUGCACCAUCGUCUGCCACAGACGGUGGAGGAAGGAGAAUUGUUUGGCAAAGACUGGACGUGCGCGGAUUGCAUCCGUUGCAUUCCCACAAAACCUUCGUCGAUUGCGACAUCCUACGAGGACUUAUCGGCAAGAGAAACCGUUGAAAUGCACGAAAUGCCUGAAGUGCCGCUUGCUUCAUCCAUUUUAGAGGAACAACAACGACUGAACACGGCGAAUGUUCGCCAUUUGGUUCGUCAAUCCAGCAUGAUGGAUACGCAACGCGAUUCCGACGGAACUAUGAAAAUGACAUAUUGGUUUUAAUUCGAACCGCAUUGAAUCACUUCAUGCUUCAACAAAAAUAAAAUGUAUUUUUUGUUUCAUCUUAGAUAAUUUAUAUAUUUGUUUUUUAUUAUUUUUUAAAUAUUUAUUGAUUAUAUUCCAUUCUUUUAAAUAAUAAAAAUCCGGUAAAGAGCCGAGGUGAAGGAUUUCCAUUUUGUAGUUUUUAAUUUCAUUGUAUCUAACGAUAUAUUUAUAUAUAUGUGUACAUAAGUAAAAAAAUAAUUCUAUUAAAUAAAUGCUAUUUUAAUAAAAAGAAAA